UUAACUCUUGUUACCGGGAUAGUUGUUUGUUUACAAACAGUCGUUGUUUCUUCCAGGCGACGGGGGAAGAAAUUCAACUUUCUAUAUUCAGCAGACAAUUGCAUAAUAGGACAGCAUCAAAAUGUCGUUGAAAACUACACAAAUGUUGAAAAUUUUCCAACCCAUCGAAGAGCAAAUAAAAAAGUUGUCUUGCUUGAUGAAUGAGACAAAGAACGAUGCGACGGAAAUGGUCACGCUUCGGAAAUUGAUAAUUGAUCAACUACACAAUUUAGCCGAAAAAUUGGAGAAUGCAUCCAAAGAAGGCUGUGACACUUAUGGAGAAAUGAAGAAAAAGGUCACAUCUAUAAUUGAAGAAUUUUGUACCAUGGAUUUCAAUAAAAACGUUGAAAAUGAAAAAAACUUUUUGGAUGAAAGCCUAUUUCAGGUGAUACUAGAAAAAUUCCUUAAAAUCCUUGAAAAUUUGGAAAAAACUGAAACUGCUCCGCUAAAACAGAAUCUACAAGAAUGUCUUGAAUAUAUUAAAGAAAUGAGUGGUAUUUGUGAAAUAGAAGAUUUACAAAAUAUCAAAGAAUUGGGACUAUCGAUAACUGAACUUUUGAGGCCUUUACAAUACUACAGAAAGAAUUUGAACUCAAAACUACUAUCUGAAAGAUUAUUACUUUAUUGCUGUCAAUUGUGUGCAUCAUUCAAAAUGUUGGUACAAGUUAUUAAAGAGCAACAUCGAUUGAAAGCUCCUAUUUAUAGUUGCAAAAAAUAUAUUUGUGAAAGAACAUGUUACUGUUUUGAAGCCAUUAUAGAUAUAAUUGAUGCUCCAAAUGCUUCUGAAGAAGAAGAGUAUUUUGAAGAAGAAAAUAAUUUUGUUCACAGGAUUGAUUUGGCACUCGAUGUCAUAGCAAAUUUACCAAAAAAGUCCCAAGAACAAAAAGUACAAGAAUGUGAAGAUUUAUGGUUUAACAUUGAGGAAAUUUUUGCCCAUGCAAUGUCUAUAGCUCAAGUUUGUCAGCCAUAUAACUUUAAAGCUAUCAGUGGUUCUCUUCAGUCAAUUUUGACAGAAUUUGAUAAUUUAAAAAAUCAAUUGAAAGCUGUAGUUCCUGAUCUAACAAUGAAUAAUUUUUUUAUGAAUACAUUAACAGAUGCUAUAUACAGAUUGGAACGUAAAAUUAAUAUUGCAGUACUUACACUGGUCAUGGAAGUUUUUAGUGAUAUAGUCGGUCCAUUAAAAAAAUUAGUCAAUUUAUGUGGAAUAGCUAUAAAUGUGAAUAAUAGGACUAAGAAUGAUUUAGAUUCAGCCAUAGAAGAAUUUGAUCAGUGGACAGAUAAAUGUGUACAAAUAGGAAAAUUUGCCAUAUCUUGUUGCAGAGAUAAAAAUAGAGUGCAAAAAAUAAAAAACUGUUUAGCAAGCUUUGAAUCAUUAGAAACGGAAGUCAUACCAUCAAUCACAUCAUUUUACUUGCAUCCUAACAACAUUGAAAUGAGACAAAGUGUUAAAUUAUUAACCACUGAAUGGCAGUCAGUUACAAAUGAAUUUCAACACACUGUAAAUUUAAUUAUAGAUCCAGCGGUAUUUUGUGAGAUUGUUUAUGAUGAUUUGCAAGAGCGAGUCCAUAAAAUGACUGAAAAUUUAGAUAAAAAACAAAACAUCACUUCAACAGAAGUUGGAGUUAUUAUUCAACGAGCUACAUCAUUGUCUCGUCAAAUAAUUGCAACCAUUGAAGAUAUUGGACCUCAAACAAUUGACAAACAUGCAAAUAUGACGAUUCGUGAAUUUAAAGCUGCUAUAUAUGAAGUAGAUGCGGCGUCAAAAAAAUUUUUAGGGAAUGAAGCUACUUCAGCAGAGCAAUUACGCGUAAUUAAUCGAUGUGAAAUAAUGCUCAAAGUUAUCAAACGGCUUUUUCCAGUGCUUUCUAAUAUUGUUAAAAACUCGGUUGCAUUACUUGCAAGUUCAAUGCAUACAAUUUGUAGUUAUAAGUCUAUGAAAGGCCAAGGAGAUUCGAUUUGUAGAAGUACAAUGAAUUUUCCAUCCAGUAUUCAUCAAUUACCUUUUGAUCAGAAGUCAUCUGUCUACAUUCCAACUCCUUAUUCUGUCAAAAACUGUAAACAGCCCCUCACAAUUCAACCAGCUGAUGCUGUACCUAGAAAUGAAUCAGACGUAUCAGUAUUAUUACCUUAUAUUAAAAAAGGACAAGCUAUGCGUAAUGAAUGGUCUUUAAUGUACAAAACUCCACGGACCCCAUUUACAGACUGCAAAUCAGAUAAUGUUAUUAAAAACCGAUUAAAAACUAAGAAUCUAGCUAGUAUUAGACAACAUUUAUUUAGCAGAGACACUUUUCUUGAAGAGACUGAAUUAAACUCAUCCAAUGAAAGCCUGGAUUUGACAAAUAUAUUAGAAAAUAUAAGUAGACUUUCUGAUACAUUGAGUUCUGAAAUUAAAAAAAGUAGCCCUAACACUUUUGAAAGAUCUCAAUUUAUACCAUCCUCUAUGAAAAGAGUAAAAAAUUUCAACAAAUCAUGCCUUGAUAAAGUUACUAGAAGAUUGUCAGAAUGUUCAGUUACAGGUGGAGGAGAUGCUCCUAUGUCUGUAGGAAAUUUAGAUAGAAGCAAAUAUUUUAGAAAGAAAUUUCCAUAAAUCAAAAAAUUUAUAUUAUGCACAGUAUUGAAAUUAAUAUAAUUAAUCAACCAAUAUUCGAUUUUUUAAAACUGGUCAUUAAUUGUAAGCCAGUGAAAUAAGUUUGAUCUAUUUUUCUAUCAUUUUAGAUAAUAUUUUGAAUUACUUAUGAUGUUGCAGUUAAUUUAUAUUUUAA